AUGUUGCUGCGUCAAUCUUUACGUUCUCUGCGUUCGGCUCCAAGCACGACAAUCCUGAACAAACGCUUGUUUGCUGCUAUGUCGCAACCUGGUAGCCCGGCCGCGAGCUCCGAGUCUGGCGGCCCGGUCCAGCAGGAGAUACGGAAGAAGCUCGUCGACAAGUUUGGAGACAGUGUCAAGAUCUACAAUGACUCUCACCUUCACAAACACCACAAAGCGAUGGCCGGCAGCACAUCUGCCGAAACGCACUUCCGACUGGUCAUCGUCUCCAAGGAGUUCGAGGGGAGCCGACAAAUCCAGCGCCACCGCAUGGUGAACCAGCUACUAAAAGAGGAAAUGGCACGGGAAGGCGGCAUACACGCUUUACAGGUGAAAGCCCUGACGCCAGAAGAGGAGGAGAAGAGAGCGGCGCAGGAGUAG